UUCUACUAAGAACACAACUUCUUAGAUCCAAGGAAAGUUUAUGCCCAGAUUAUCACUGGCACUUCAAGUCUAUCCAACAACAAGAGCAAGAGAUCCUUCAUGGAUGUUGUGAGGAGAAGUAGAAGCUCUUCUUCGCCAUCUUUCACCAGCAUCACCAAUUCCAGCAGCUCUCGCAGAUCAAGCUGCGAUCCCGGUGACUUUUCUUUCCUCGAUUACUCCCAGGUUUGCUGCCGCUCUCUCGAUUUGCUCUCGCCGGACCUCCCACCGCCUCUGGUGGAGGAUUCCUCGCCGGUAAACUCCCAUGGCUACACGCAAUGCAGCUCAAUUGCUCCCAAGAGCUUGUACCAUCCUCUAGAGUUUAAUCAGAGCUUCCAGGCGCAACUAGAGCUCCAGCAAACUUUGAUGGGUGAUCCCUCGUUUGGCAAUUCUUCUCUUCUAACUCCACUUGACGAUCACUCACAAGAUCAAAGAAAUCCGGAAGAUUUCCAUGGACAAGAGCUUGCAUACUACUGCCAAGUCGAGCCUCUGGACGAGAAGUAUCUCAGCCUCAUGGAACAUCCGCCGCUCUACGUGAAUUACUUGACUGAUGCCAAUCGGAGAAUGCCGCCGCUCGGAUCUUCCCAGGCGCUUGAUCAACCUGGGGCUCCGAGGAUCAUCUCAAACUCAUGCUCAAGCCCAACAAGGAAGAGAAGCGCGGACGAUCAAAACACCACGAACGCUCUCUCCAAACGCGAAAAGAUCGAUUCAUCUCCGGCUUCUUCUUGUUGCACGACUGCUCUCAACACGAACUUAAAACCGAGAUCGAGGCAAGGGACUGCCAAUGAUCCGCAAAGCAUCGCCGCAAGGCAAAGGCGUGAACGAAUAAGCCAGCGUUUGAAGAUCUUGCAAGACUUGGUUCCAAAUGGCUCCAAGGUAGACCUUGUAACCAUGCUUGAGAAAGCUAUAAAUUAUGUCAAAUUCAUGCAGCUCCAACUUCAGCACGACAAUCGUAACGAGUAG